AUGGCUGGUGGAGUUCUUGCCGACGAAGGUGCCUUAAAGAGAGCUCAUCUCUAUGAGCAUCGUAUCACAGCUUACUUCAUAUUCGCUUGCAUUGUUGGAUCCCUAGGAGGCUCUCUCUUCGGCUAUGAUCUAGGAGUCUCAGGUGGAGUUACAUCAAUGGACGAUUUCUUGAUAGAGUUCUUUCCAGGAAUCUACAAAAGAAAGCAAAUGCAUAUGCACGAAACAGACUACUGCAAAUACGACAACCAAAUCCUCACACUCUUCACCUCUUCUCUCUACUUCGCUGGUUUGAUCUCCACUUUCGGAGCUUCUUAUGUCACCAGAAUCUAUGGACGGAGAGGAAGCAUCCUCGUCGGCUCCGUCAGCUUCUUUCUUGGAGGAGUCGUCAACGCCACCGCCAAAAACAUUAUAAUGCUAAUCCUUGGUCGAAUAUUCCUUGGAAUAGGCAUUGGUUUCGGAAACCAGGCAAAUCUCUAA